CAGCAAUGAUAGCAUAGACCUGAGUUACAAUCACUUUCAGACACCGGCCUUUUGAUUUCGUGUUCGGAUAUCUGUCAUUCCACAUCUGCGUCUAUGCCGAAGUCGUCAAAAUGGCCUGUUCACAGUUGUCAAUACCGGAGACAAAAGUGCUAGCCAUCGCCAGUCAUGUUGUAUAUGGAUAUGUCGGUAACACGAUGGCCACAUUUGUUAUGCAAAGCCUAGGGUGUGAUGUUGGUGCCAUCAAUACUGUGCAAUUUAGCAAUCAUACAGGUUAUCGCCAAUUCAAGGGCCGACGCACACCCGCCGAAGAAAUCACCGAGCUCUACAAUGGACUGCGCAACUCGUACCUGACGGACUUUGACGUGCUGCUUUCGGGUUACGCGCCCAGUGCCGAGGUCGUGCAGGCCGUCGGACUCAUCGCGCGGGACCUACGAUACCGUGCGGCCGUCAAACCGGGACGGUUCUUCUGGGUCUUGGAUCCGGUCAUGGGCGACCAAGGCCGGCUCUAUGUCGCAGAGGACAUUGUGCCGGCGUACAAGCAACUGAUUCGUGAGGCGGACUUGAUCCUGCCCAACCAGUUCGAGGCCGAGUUGUUGAGCGGGCUGAGCAUUUCGAGUUUGACCGGCGUGGCGAACGCGGUCCGCGCCCUACACAAAAUGUACGGUACCAGCCAUGUGGUGGUAACGAGCGUCACGGCCGGCGACGCCGCGAAACCCGACGAGGACGACGACGGCUCAAAGGGGAACGGAAACAUCCUGACGGUCGUGGGCAGCAGCAAGACGCGAGACGGCGGCGCGAGGCUGUUCAAGGUCGAAGUGCCCCGGCUGGACUGCUUCUUCAGCGGUACCGGCGACAUGCUCGCGGGUUUGAUGGUCGGGAGAUUGCGCGAGGCGUGCGCGGAAGCCGACCUGUUGGACCGCGCGAGCUGGAUGCCGGAUGACAAUGUGCCUGCGACGGAAUUGCCGUUGGCCAAGGCCACGGAAAAGGUCCUGAGCAGUAUGCACAUGGUGCUGGAGAAGACGAUGAAGGCGAGGGACGAGGAGAUUAGCAAGUUUGGUCAGUCGCCUGGGGCCAGCGUUGGCGGUGUGGAGGGACUAGGCACCGAGAACAGCGACAGUGAGGCGAAGAGAAGAUACCUGGCAGAGACGAAAGCUGCAGAGGUCAGGGCCGUGAGGAACGCAAAGGACUUGGUCCAUCCUGAACCUAGGUACAAGGCCGUCGCCAUGGAGGUAUAACGCAUCAAAUGUGAAAAAGGUCAGGAGCAAAAAAGAGAUGUGGAUACUGCACUCGAGAUGAAAAGAAAUAGAGCAUCAUACAGUAGAUAGAUGCUUGGGAGAACAAGCACUUUGCAUACUACAG